AUGACAUCCACAUAUCAAGUUUCUGGUGGUGAAGCUAUAUCUAGCGAUACUGAUGUCACUCAGCAUGGUACUAUUGGUAAAUAUGUAUAUGCUGUAGAUGAUGGUCCAAAUUCUGAUUUUAUAAAAUGUGUCUUUCAAGAUAAAUAUGAUACCAAUAAAACUGUACCAUUACUUUGUCAAAAACCAUUAGGUUGUUGUAUAGAAGGUUGCUGUCCAAAAGAUACAUUAUGGAUGCCCGCAUUAUUUGUCCUUUUAGCAUUUGUAAUUUUAGUUUUUUUGGUUGGAUGUUGUACCUGGAUAUUUUCUUAUCAACGUUCAAAAAAUAAACAAAGAAAGGAAGAAAAAGAAUUUUAUGAAAUGGAAAAAAAUUAUGCUGAUAAUAUGAGUCAGAUGGGUGGAGGAUAUGGGCAACACCAAACAACAUAUGGAAAUUAUGGUGGUGUAAUGGCAGUUGCUGAAUCUCUUUUAAAACAUUAUAAUAUAAUGGUUCCAACAUUAGUUACCCAUUCAACAAUAUUUUAUUUUAAAUUUUUAUUAAAACAGUUAGUUACAUUUGAUGGUUUUAUCUCAUAUUCGAUUUUGAUAUCAGACAAUUUAGAAUAUAUAGUAGAAAAAAUAUUGAUUUAUCAAAAAUGUUACAAACCUUUUAGAAAUCGUGUAUCUGUUCAUAUUGUAUGGUAUGAAAAAAGUAAUGUUAAUCUUUGCAAAGAGAAAAUAUUAUUUUACAUGAAUAAAGUAAAUAUAAAUACAUUAUGUAGUACUUUUGAUAAGACAUUUUUAUUUAAUAUAAACGAACAAUUAGAUAUUGAAAAAAAUGAAAUUUAUCCAAUAAAUAUUAUGAGAAAUGUGGCAAGAAAAGGUUCUUUAACAACAAUACAAAUAUUAUCUGAUAUUGAAAAUAUUUUUUCAUUCAAUUUUUCACAAAUUAUACAAAAUAAUUUAUAUAAAUGGAGUAAAGAUAAAUAUGAUAAAUCUGUCUUUAUUUAUAUGAGAUUUGAAACAAAAAAAGAUUCAAUGAUACCAAGAAAUUUACAACAACUUAAAAUAUCAUUUUUAGAAAAUACAACUGUUCCUUAUCAUAAAUAUAUAUUCCCGCAGGGUCAUUUAAUUACAAAUUUUACCAAAUGGUAUAAUGAUUCUAUUCAAAGUGAUACAUUAAAAUGGCGAGUAAUACCUUAUCGACAUUUUUCUUUUGAACCACAAGUAAUAUUAAGAUCAUUUGACCCUUAUCAUUAUGAAAACGUUCCAACAAGAAUUUUUGAUCAUCAAGUAUUAAUUAAUGAACUUUGUCAUUCAGGUUAUAUUUUUAAAUUAUUAAACCAAGUUUUUAAUAUUCAUCAGGGAAUUAAAAAAAAUGAAAGUAAAUCUGAAAUACUAACAAAACAAAUUGGAAUGAAGAAUAUAAAAGUAUUUAAAAUUAAUUUUAAUAAGUAUUUAAAAGAUAAAUAUGCUACUAGUAAUAGUAGUAAUUAUUGUCCUAAAUUUUAA